UAGGCGGGGCAGAGGAGUGGGCGGCGAAGGAGAACCUUGGGUAGUUGGCUGGUCAGUUAUUGGCGCAAGCGCCGGACCACGGCGUCGCCGAGCUGUUGCCUAGCAACCCCCGGUGCCGGAAGAGGGCCUGGCUGAACUCGAAGUGGUUCCGUUUCCGUACCUGUAGGGGCAAGAUGGCGGCAGCAACAGCCCGGGGUGGAGGGCAAGAAGGAGCAGCAGCAGCGGCGGACUGGGCUCUAAUUUCAGAGGUGGAAGUCUUGGAAUCUAUCUACUUGGAUGAGCUACAGGUGUCUAAAGGAAAUGGCAGAUCUGUGCCCUGGGAAAUAUCUAUCACACUGCAUCCAGCAACUGCAGAAGACCAGGACUUGCAGUAUGUCUGCUUCACUCUUGUGCUGUCUGUGCCCCUUCAGUAUCCCAAUGAAGUGCCAAAGAUAGCCAUCCGGAAUCCUCGAGGGCUGUCAGAUGAGCAAAUCUAUAAGAUUUCCCAUACACUACAGUGUGUUGCUGAAGCCCAACUGGGUGCAGCCAUUCUCUAUGAGCUAAUAGAGAAGGGAAAGGAAAUCCUCACAGACAACAACAUCCCUCAUGGUCAGUGUGUGAUUUGUCUAUAUGGUUUCCAGGAGAAUGAAGCUUUCACUAAGACUUCAUGCUACCACUACUUCCACUCACAUUGCCUUGCCAAUUAUACGAAGCAUAUGGAGGAAGAGAUACGUGCACAGAGGAAAGAGAGAGAGCAAUCUUUGGCUUCUUUGCCAAAAAAGGAAGUUGAAGUGCAGUGCCCUGUGUGCAGAGAGCCUUUAGUGUAUGACCUUGCAACACUGCUAGCAGCGCCGCCACCACAGCAGCCAGUGGAGGUGUACCGACCUGACACACAGACACUGCAGCACAGAGAGCAACUGCGCCUGAUCUACAAGAGGCAGCAGGAGAAAGGAGGCAUCAUUGACCCUGAAGCGGAGAGAAAUCGCUAUUUCAUCAGCUUACAAAAGCCCCCAGGUGCUACUGAACAGGAACAUGUAACCAUCACAGAAAAUGUCAUGGAUGCUGAGAAGGAUUUGAGCCCUUUAGAAGGCUCUGAUCAUACUCGGGGAACUACAAAGGCUUCUCCAGUGAAGAAUGAGCCUGAAAAACCAGAAAGACCAUCUGUUCCCUUACAUCCCCAUGACAAGAGAGAGAGAACUCGAGGGGAGAGGACAUCUUAUCGAGGCCCAGGACAGCAAGUAUACUGCAAGCCACUAGAGGCACCGGCAGAAACUCACUGUUACCUCACCGUUGAGAGAGAAUCCAGAUCCUUCGGUUGGAGACCCAAUGGAAGGAAGGAGAGAGGGCAGUGGAAUUGUGGGAGGUACAACCAAGAGUUCCCCAAAUCCUGCAAAAGAGAGCAAGUGUCUUCAUUUUGGGAUAAAAAAGAGCUGUGCACCAGGGAUGUCUCUCCAGCCAAAGAGGGAACAUACUUGAGAGAGGAGAAAAAUAGUGUGGGGAAAUGGACACCAGAGCAGGAAGCUCGAGCCCAAGACAGAGAGCAAGAUCACGUGGAAGUUAGUCGCAGUGAGCUCAGGGGGCCGGCCAAGUGGCAAGGUCAGCAUGGGAUGCAGGAUUGCAGACGAUGGGAAAAGUCCAAGGGCAGAGAACGUGACUCUCUUCCUAGAAUGCGGAGAGGCCGUGGGCAGUCAAGACCCAACUCAAGGAGAGAACCUCAGGGCCAAGAGACUGAGGGAGGCUCCUAGCAGGAUGGAGUUAAACCCUGAGAAGCACUUUUAGGGGAGAACAGUAGCAAGUUUGUUCUGUCAACAUCAGUCUGAAUCCUCUUUGGAAAAAACCAAGCUGGCUUGGAAUUUUCCUUUGUGGCAUGGGGAGUCUUACCUUUUGUGGAGUAGUAUGAGCUUUGCAAGUAAUCUAAUCUCAGGGAGCAACACAGUGCUGCCUGGAGGCUGGUGAAGAACCAUAGUGGACAAUAAAUGAUAGUCAAAUGCUCAUAAUGGGUAAAUCUGUAGUAUCUUUUAGCAGAUCUACCCUGCUGCAGUGGUGUGUGCAGAGGGUUAGAUCUCUUAAUUAGGAGGGCAGGGUUGGAAAAUAUUAACUAUUAACAGUAACAAAAGCCAUAAGGCACAGGCCUCUCUUUUUACUCUCCACAGAAAACAGUAACACGAACAGGGAUUGCCACACUUCUAGCCAUUAACUGUGUCCCUGGUGCUAGACAUGGUGUGAUGCUGCCUGUGAAAAAUGUGCCCUUGAGAAAACACUGGUUUGUUUUCCAUUCAGAUGGAUCAAUUCAAAUCCAUCUGUUAUAUGUUCUGUAAAAGAGAAGGUCCUUAUGGUCAGUCCUUGCAGCUUGUGGGCAGAGAAAGGGGCCUGCAACUGGCUCUCAGUAAUGGAUUGGCAAUUGGCCUUGAACUGAAUGCAUCCAUUCUAAAGGCCAAAUGUCCCUUGACUUUACAAGGGAGAGCAGAGGCUUAGUCACUCAAUAUUUGGAGUAGCUGGAAUUGAAGAUAAUCUUUUUGUAUCCAGCUCUUGGGGUGCAGCACACACAAACAAGCUGCAGAGACAAAACUGAAGUUUCUUUCUUUGCAAAUGUGACUUAUAUUGAGCAAUGAUCGUACAUCAAGCAAUGAUAACUUCAGGCUAAAUAAGAUUCCCCACCCCUGGGCUUGGUCACUAGCUUAUGGCCAUGUUUGUUCUGGCUCAUCUUGGUAAGACACUAGUGUUUUGAUGAAUGGCCUACUUUUGCUUGUCUUCUAAGCCUCUAAUGCUCACACAGAGUACAUGCCUGAGUAUGAGAGAACUGUUCUGUUCCUCACAUUGAGGAGUAGAGAAUACUCUUGUACCACCUCAUGCCUAGGCUAUGCAGUCUGUCACCAGUUUCCCCCUCAAGUGCAUAUAUGCUUUCAUAUGUACUUCUGCCAUAUAGGUACUGUGCAAAAAUCUGAACAAACUUGCUUCCCACUGCCAGCUAACAGUUCCAUAACAGUUAUGGAAUGAAAACCCCUAAAAAAUUUUCCCGGGGUGUGUGAAGUUCGCCAAGCUCCUUUAAUUGCUUGUAUGUCUGCAAAGCACCUUGAUUUUUUUCUUUCUUUCUUCCUGAAGUGGAGCUUUGCCAUUUUACCUCAUAAUUUUUUUUUCUGCUGGCAAUAGUAAAUAAUUGUAGCAGAUUUGUCAUGAGAGAGCUCUUGCAGAGCAUAGUGGCCAAAAUUAACUUAAAAGAUAGAAGUGUAUUUAUUUUUAUCAGGUUAUUCUGAAGGAUAUCAUUACCAACUUGUUACAGCACACUCACACGCCAGUGUCAGCAGCUUCAUCUAUGAAAGGGUUGAAGUGAUAUAGACGUAUGUCACAGAGUGGUGGUGAGGUAGCAUUUGUGGUGAUGUGAUGCAAAACAUGAGUAUUAAAAGCAUUCUGAAUGAA